GACGAAGGGACGGGUCCUCGGCCCGUCCCCCUCGGCCUUCUAUGACCGGAAAAUUCUGGGAAGGCUCGAGGCUGCGGUCCCCGGGGUCCGCAUAGCCCCGAUGAGAAACAGACCCGGGAAAGCUGGUGGGAGUCAGGAGCCCCGGCGAUGAGGGUUGCGAUGAAGGAAGCAGGCUCGGAGCACCGCCAGCGCAUGCGUAUUGGGGAUCUGAGGCCAGCGUCUUGCGCCGCCAUUGCGGGGAGGCUGUCCUCAGAGCAGGCCUGGCGCGCCGGUGGCUGGACCGGCCCCAGGAGCCCAGUCACCGGGCGUCAUUGGCUCAGGCUGCGGGGCCCUCGGCACCUUCUCCCGCCCGGGUCCACCGCGGCGGCGGUGGCGUCAGGGGGCGGAGCCUGCCCGAGCGCCCUUUGUCUGCGGAGGUCAACAUACCUGGCCUAAGGAGGCAGGAUUGAGUGACUCUCACUCACCACUGGUGUUUCUCUUUGAAAGUGGCGCUUGGCACCGGCAUGAACUCCCCGUCCUCAGCAAUCCCACCGGGUGUUUUGGGUCUUCAACCUAAAAUUCUAUCUUACAAGAUCCUUGCCAGGAUGCAGAUUUGAAUACCAUAGUGAAGUCUGUACAUGAAGAAAUGAUGCUUUUAGGGAGGGAAAAAAAAGGUAAUAACAACCUUCAAGAGCCCCUACAUCUCAACUCGGCAUAAACAAGGCAAGAUUCUGAGAGUGGCCGCCCCUGGAAGCAGAAAUUAUUCUUGUGGCUAUCCAUUGGCUCCUGAGGCUCUAAUCAGAGAUGGGGCACCUUUAGUACCAGGGGAGUGGCUGUUGCCCAUAAGGUACUGGACAUCAACUUUCAAGAGCAGCCCCAGCUCCUGAAGCUGUUGGUCCUGGUGCAUCUCCUGACUUUCAUGUAGAAGAUAGCAGAGCUUUGGCGACAUUACAACAUAAGAACUGCAGAGAGGUGUAAUCCCAGUGGAAGACUGAAUCGAGAGACUCAAAAAGGAAGUUAUGCCUUCUCAGAAUGCUGUUUUUUCUCAGGAGGGGAACAUGGAGGAGAAAGAGAUGAAUGAUGGCUCACAGAUGGUGAGAUCUCAGAUGUGGAGAUCUGUGUGCUCUCCAUUGGAUCUCGGCAAGGCUGUGACUGGAGGAUGCAAAGCUUUGUGACUUUCAAGGCAGAUCAUAAAUGGCAGUAAGACUUCUACCUCAUUCUGUUGGGAUGCUUACUCUAAACCCGACCACCUUGUCAGGAGGAAACCCAGACAGCCCAUGGAGAAGCCCAUAUGGAGAGGAGCCAAGGCCACAGCCCUAGCCGAGCUCCCAGCUGAAAGCCAGCACCAAUUUGCCAGCCUUGAAUCACUGACGUUUCAGGAUGUGGCCGUGGACUUCACCAGAGAGGAGUGGGACCAGCUGUACCCUGCCCAAAAGAACCUCUAUCGAGACGUGAUGCUGGAGAACUACAGGAAUCUAGUUGCACUGGGGUAUCAGCUUUGUAAGCCAGAGGUAAUCGCGCAGUUGGAGCUAGAGGAAGAAUGGGUGAUAGAAAGAGACAGCCUGCUGGAUACUCAUCCAGACGGAGAAAACAGACCCGAAAUCAAAAAGUCAACCACAAGCCAGAAUAUUUCUGAUGAAAAUCAAACCCAUGAGAUGAUAAUGGAGAGACUCGCAGGGGACAGCUUCUGGUACUCCAUCCUAGGAGGACUCUGGGAUUUUGAUUACCAUCCAGAGUUUAACCAAGAAAACCACAAGAGAUAUUUAGGACAAGUAACUUUGACCCACAAAAAGAUCACACAGGAGAGAAGCCUUGAGUGUAAUAAAUUUGCAGAAAACUGUAAUCUGAACUCAAACCUUAUGCAGCAGAGAAUUCCUCCCAUUAAAAUACCCCUGAAUUCUGACACACAGGAAAACAGCAUCAAACAUAAUUCAGACUUGAUUUACUAUCAGGGAAAUUAUGUAAGAGAGACUCCCUAUGAAUAUAGUGAGUGUGGAAAAAUCUUCAAUCAACAUAUUCUUCUUACUGAUCAUAUUCAUACUGCAGAGAAACCCAGUGAGUGUGGGAAGGCCUUCAGCCACACCUCAUCUCUUACCCAGCCUCAGAUGGUGCUUACAGGAGAGAAGCCCUAUAAGUGUGAUGAAUGUGGAAAAAGAUUCAGCCAGAGGAUACAUCUCAUUCAACAUCAGAGAAUUCACACAGGAGAAAAGCCUUUUAUAUGCAAUGGAUGUGGGAAAGCCUUCCGUCAGCAUUCAUCCUUUACUCAACAUCUGAGGAUUCAUACUGGAGAAAAGCCCUAUAAAUGUAAUCAAUGUGGUAAAGCUUUUAGCCGCAUCACAUCCCUUACUGAACAUCAUAGACUUCAUACCGGAGAGAAACCUUACGAAUGUGGUUUCUGUGGCAAAGCCUUCAGUCAGAGGACACAUCUGAAUCAACAUGAAAGAACUCAUACAGGAGAGAAACCCUAUAAAUGUAAUGAAUGCGGGAAAGCCUUUAGCCAGAGCGCACACCUUAAUCAACAUAGGAAAAUCCAUACUCGGGAGAAAUUAUGUGACUAUAAAUGUGAGCAAACUGUUCGCCACAGUCCUUCACUUAGCAGCACAUAACUCAUGGUGGGGGAAAUCAGAUAAAUAUAUAAAUGUAGGACAUUUUUUGGUCAGACCUUUUUAUCCCAUUCAAUAUCAAAUUAUUCAUAGUGGAGAGAAAGCUUAUACAUAAAUUUUUGUUUUGUUUUGUUUUUGAGACUGAGUCUCACUCUGUCACCCAGGCUGAAGUGCAGUGGUGCAAUAUUGGCUCACUGCAACCUCUGCCUCCUGGGUUCGAGCGAUUCUUCUGCCUCAGCCUCCUGAGUAGCUGGGACCACAGGUACGUACCACAACGCCCAGCUAAUUUUUUGUAUUUUUAGUAGAGAUGGGGUUUCACCAUGUUGGCCAGGCUGGUCUCGAACUCCUAACCUCAGGUGAUCCGCCCACCUCGGCCUCCCAAAGUGCUGGGAUUACAGGCGUGGGCCACUGUGCCUGGCCAUAAACUUUCAAUGCGUAGAAACCAAAUUAAUUUAGACCUUAAACUAGCAGCAUAUUACAUUCCCAGGAGGGGUUAUAAAAAGAAAAAAUAAUUUAUUUUACAAAUGAGAUUAUAUUUGGAGUCAUGUUCCAAAUCUGAUAUAAAACUUUUUAAAAAAUCAGAAAUCCUUAUCCAGGCAUGGUGGUGCACACCUGCAAUCCCAGCUACUCUGGAGACUGAGGCAUGAGAAUGACUUGAACAUGGGAGGUGGAGGUUGCUGUGAGCUGAGAUCAUGCCACUGUACUCCAGCCUGGGCAACAGAGCAAGACUCUGUCUCAAAGAAAAAAAAAGAAAGCCUAUAGGCAACAACUUGUAAUUACUCACCUGUAAGUUUUAUGGUAUAAAACUUUCUUUUUUUUUUUUUUUUUGAGGCAGAGUCUCGCUCUGCCACCCAGGCUGGAGUGCAAUGGCGCGAUCUCGGCUCACAGCAACCUCCACCUCCCGGGUUCCAGCGAUUCUUCUGCUUCAGCCUCCCGAGUAGCUGGGACUACAGGUGCGUACCACCACGCCUGGCUAACAUUUUUUUUGUAUUUUUUAGUAGAGACAGGGUUUCACCAUAUUGACCAGGCUGGUCUCGAACUCCUGACCUUGUGAUCUGCCCACCUCCGCCUCCCAAAGUGCUGGGAUUAUAGGCGUGAGCGACUGCACCUGGCAGGUUAUGGUAUAAAACUUUUAAAUCAGAAAUUUUGAUUAAUUAAAGACAGUGCUGGCUGGGGGCGGUGGUUCACGCCUGUAAUCCCAGCACUUUCGGAGGCCGAGGUGGGGUGAUCAUCUGAGGUCAGGAGUUUGAGACCAGCCUGGCCAACAUGGUAAAACCCCAUCUCUACUAAAAAUACAAAAAUUAGCUGGGUAUGGUGGUGCACGCCUGUAGUCCCAGCAGCUUGGGAGGCUGAGGCAGAAGAAUUGCUUGAACCCGGUAGGUGGAGGUUGCAGUGAGCCAAGAUCACGCCACUGUACUCCAGCCUGGGCGACAGAGUGAGACUGUCUCAAAAAAAAAAUAAGUAAAAUUUAAAAAUAAAGGCGAUACUGUAGUGCAGCCAGUCACAUUAACUUGAAAUAAACAUAAAAGAGUAAUAUUUCAUGAACGUCAGUUAUUUGUAUGCUUUCUUUACAGUUUUUACCAUAUCUAGUAUUUACUUAAUAUUCUUUAUAAAGGGAUGCAAGAUUUUUAGCCUUCUCCUAGGAAAUACUAUUUAGCAUAUAAAAUAAGUUAUAUGCUAGUUUUAUAUGCUAAUUAAAUUUAUUCUACUCUUCAUCAAAAUAGAUACAUAACCUUGAAAUUAAAAAUAUUCAUUGAUGUCCCCCCAAAAAUCUUGUCUGCUAUUGUUUGAGAAACAGUGUGAUAGUUUGUGGCAAUAUCCUGUGAUGAUUCUUUUUGCAAUCUUGACAUUAUUUUCAUCAAAUGAAUCCUAGGAUCACUUUGAGAAGAGCCUUGAAGAAGACUUGAGGGUCCUAUUGAUGAACUUUGAAAUACUGAUUCAGAGAAGUCUGCUUUUCUAUUUUGUUUUAGCUUUAAAUUUCCCUGUGGCAAGUCUAGAUUUUUUUUCAGUUAAAAUUAUUUCUGCUGUAUUUUUAGAAUAGAAGUUUUGGGUUUUUGUAAAAUAAUGACCAGAGACUAAGAAUUCCCAUGCCACGCCGUAUCACUGUGGAAGAUGGAGAAGUGAGGAACUGUACCUGCGGGUGAGCCCUGGUGCCAUGUUGAGGGUGGGAAUCAGGAGAGCUGCAGUGGCUUAUAUAAACACCUGACGAAGUGGUCUAAUUGGCUUAAUCAUUUAUUUUAUUUAUUGAAAUAUAUAUCUGGGCUGGGCGCAGUGGCUCACAUCUGUAAUCCCAGCACUUUGGGAGGGCAAGGCAGGUGGAUCACUUGAGGUUAGGAGUUCAAGACCAGCCUGGCCAAUAUGGUAAAACUGCGUCUCUACUAAAAAUACAAAAAUUAGCUGGGCAUGAUGAUGUGCACCUGUAACCCCAGCUACUCAGGAGGCUGAGGCAGAAGAAUUGCUUGAACCUGGGAGGCGGAGGUUGUAGUGAGCUGAGACUGCACCACUGCACUCCAGCCUGGGCAAUACAGCGAGACUCCAUCUCAAAAAAAAAAAAAGAAAAAGAAAAAAGAAAUAUAUAUCUGUAACACUUUUUUCCAAAAAGAAUUCAUAUUAGUUUGUUUGCAUUGCUAUAAAGGAAUACCUGAAACUGGGUAGUUUAUAAAGAAAAGAAGCUUUAUUUGGCUUGCAGGAAAUACGGUGCUGGUGUCUGCUUCUGUUGAUGGCCUCAGAACGCUUCCAAUUAUGGCAGAAGGUCAAUGGGAGCCAGCAUAUUACAUGACAAUAGAGGGGUCAAGAGAGAUGGGGGAGGUUGCAACCUGUUAAACACUCAGCUCUCACAUGAACUACCAGAGUGAGAAUUUGAAGGGGUGGCCUUCCCCUCCACACCUGUGAGUAUUUCUAGUCAGGUGAGAUGAGAGACUGAGAAAGGAAAGAAGACACAGAGACAAAGUAUAGAGAAACAACAGUGGGUCCAGGGGACCGGCGCUCAGCAUACCAAGGACCCGCACCGGCACCGGUCUCUGAGUUCCCUCAGUUUUUAUUGAUUAUUAUCUUCAUUAUUGCAGCAAAAAGGAAUGUAGGAGGGCAUGGUGAUAAUAAGGAGAAAAACGUGAGCAAUAGAAUCUACAUCAUAAUUAAGUUCAAGGGAAGGUCCUAUGACUGGACGUGCACGUAAGCCAGAUUUAUGUUUCUCUCCACCCAAACAUCUCAGUGGUGUAAAGAAUAACAAGGCAGCAUUGCUGCAAACAUGUCUCGCCUCCCACGAUUGGGCGGUUUUUCUCCUAUCUCAGAAUUGAACAAAUGUACAAUCCGGUUUUAUACCGAGACAUUCAGUUCCCAGGGGCAGGCAGGAGACAGUGGCUUUCCUCUAUCUCAGCUGCAAGAGGCUUUCCUCUUUUACUAAUCCACCUCAGCACAGACCCUUUACAGGUGUCGGGCUGGGGGACGGUCAGGUCUUUCUCAUCCCACGAGGCCGUAUUUCAGACUAUCACAUGGGGAGAAACCUUGCACAAUACCCCACUUUCAAGGGCAGAGGUCCCUGUGGCUUUCUGCAGUGCAUUGUACCCCUGGUUUAUUGAGACUAGAGAAUGGCUAUGACUUUUACCAAGUAUACUGCUUGUAAACAUUUUGUUAACAAGGCAUGUCCUGCACAGCCCUAGAUCCCUUAAACCUUGAUUUCAUACAACACGUUUUUGUGAGCUCCAGAUUGGAUCAAAGUGAUUGGGUCAAAGUGGCUGGGGCAAAGCUACAAAUUAACAACAUCUCAGCAAAGCAAUUAUUCAAAGUACAGGUCUUUUUCAAAAUGGAGUCUCUUAUGUCUUCCCUUUCUACAUAGACACAGUAACAGUCUGAUCUCUCUUUCUUUUCCCUACAAGAACUCAUUCAAUAACACAGGAGGACACCAAGCCAUUCAUGAGGGAUCCACCCCCAUGGCCCAAACACCUCCCACCAGGCCCCACCUCCAACAUUGGGGAUCACAUUUCAACCUGAGAUUGGAAGAGACAAAUAUCCAAAGUAUAAUAUAUCAGAAUUUAAGGUGAUUUCAUUUGAUUUUUAUGAUUGCUGCCUUGUUUGACAGAAGUCACAUUUGAUGUUUUUUUCUGUUUUUUGUUUGUUUGUUUUUUUGAGACAGAGUCUCGCUCUGUCACCCAGGCUGAGGUGCAGUGGCUUGAUCUUGGCUCACUGCAACCUCCGCCUCCCAGGUUCAAGCAAUUCUCCUGUCUCAGUCUCCCGAGUAUCUGGGAUUACAGGUGCGUGCCACCACGCCUGGCUAAUUUUUGUAUUUAUAAUAGAGACAGUGUUUCACUCUAUUGGUCAGGCUGGUCUCGAACACCUAACCUCAGGUGAUCCACCCACCUCAGCCUCCCAAAGAGUUGAGAUUACAGGCGUGAGCCACCGUGCCCGGCCCCACAUUUGAUGUUUUAAAGCAUUCAAAAUGUAAACGGUCAUAAACCAUGAAUAGCUGCAAGCAUAGGGACACUUCAGUUUCUUGGUUUUCAAGUUUCCUCUGUCUUCUCAGGCAUGGCUGAAGAAAACAUAAGGUUAAGGUAGGAGUGCAGCCCACUUGCUUUCUCAUCUUUCUUCUAACUUGAGCCUGGCUCAAGACUUCCCUGAUUUAUUCUCCCCGAGAAAGGACUAGAUUUUGUAGGCCCUGAGUCAAAGCUGAAAUGAUUUAAGGACUUUAAAAAACAAAAACACUAAACCCCCCCCAAAAAAACUCAUUUCAUUUUAGAAAUUAAAUUUUUCAAAAGCAUUUUUGUCCCAUGCAACAGUAGGUAUGAAAUAGUUAAUAAAACCUUGAGUUACUGUAAUCAGGGAGGAUUUCUAAUAGUAUUUUGUCCAAACGUGUGCAGUGGCGAUGCAUUUUCAGGGCAAAUCAAUUCUGGAAGCAUCCUCACCCAAAAAAAGCCACAUUUAACAUUCAUUUGCCAUAAUGAGGCAGGAUAUAGGGCACUCAGAUUUCAGGAGGGGAGAGAGUGAGCGAAGGUGACAUCUCAGACAGCAGAGGUAUGUACUUUUUUGUUUGUUUUUUGAGACAGAGUCUCGCACUGUCGCCUGAGCUGGAAUGCAAUGGCACUAUCUUAGCUCAUUGCAAUCUCCGCCUCCUGGGUUCAAGCUAUUCCCCUGCCUCAGCCUCCUGAUUAGCUGGGAUUACAGGCGCCUGUCACCACGCCCGGCUAAUUUUUUGUAUUUUUAGUGGGGAGGGGGGUUUCACUAUGUUGGCCAGGCUGGUCUCAAACUCCUGACCUCGUGAUCUGCCUGCCCUCGGCCUCCCAAAGUGCUGGGAUUGUAGGCGUGAGCCACCGCACCCAGCCAAGUAUGUACUUUUUAAAAGUAAUGGUUAAUUACACUUGGUAAAAUCUUUGAUCAAAGCUUAAUUUUGUGGCUGGGCGCAGUGGCUCAUGCCUAUAAUCCUAGCACUUUGGGAGGCUGAGGCGGGCAGAUCAUGAGGUGAGGAGUUCGAGACCAGCCUUGCCAAUAUGGUGACACUCCAUCUCUACUAAAAAUACAAAAAUUAGCCGGGCAUGGUGGUGCGCACCUGUAGUCCCAGCUACUCGGGAGGCUGAGGCAGAAGAACUGCUUGAACCCGGGAGGCAGAGGUUGCAGUGAGCCGAGAUUGUGCCAGUGCACUCCAGCUUGGGUGACAGAGUGAGACUCCGUCUCAAAAAAAAAAAAAAAAAAAAAGCUUACUUUUGCAACCAGGAAAAAAAAGUAUUUUGCAAAGAGUUCUAAAGGCUCCAGCACAAGGCAGUGUAUCUGUAUCACAGCACAUGUGAAAAACAAGAACAAGAUGGAAUUCUCAGAAGAGGAUGAGCAGAACUUGGACAUCCCAGAAAAAAGGUGUCUGGACUGAACUCGACCACAGUUGGCCAAGGACUUUCACCAAUUCUUCAUACAUAGGAAUGGUACAUUAGAAUCCUAUUAUAUAUUCCUUAGGGUCACAAGUGAUUCUGUUUAUGUUAAUUGUACAGUAAAAUUGGUGCAGAUUCAUUCUCAUGUUGUCCUUUGUUCUCUUCAAAAUGUUCCAAGUUAAGGAGUGAAGCCUAAAUAUGUUCAUUACAUCAAAAUACUGGUACCCCCCCAGUGUACAGGAGCCAGAGGUGUACACAUUCCAGUACUUAUUUGUUAUGACUUGUUUCUAUCUAGGAGAGCAAUAUAUUACCCUUUCACAUGUAUUAGUUUCUUUGGUCCAUCCAACCAGGUGUUGUUGUCCUUCUAUAAGAAGAAAUACUUAAGCUACACAUAGUAGUAGAUGACUUAUUAUUCAGGGUUUCUCUCACUGAAAUGUCACUAUAACAUCAGUCAUUUGACUCCUAAUCCAGUAGAUACAAACAGUGCCUGGAACAGUCUAUUGUAACACUCUGAAAACAUUUGGUAAAUAUAUGAAUUUUAAUAAAAGGAAAGAUUGCUGCUCAACACCAAAA